AUGCACCCUUUGACAUGUACUGGAAAUGAUCCUGCUUCUAUUACCCAUGAGUGGUACCAGCCAGCUGAACUUCUGAUUGGUGGGAUUGUAAGUCACAUCAACUACCUUUUCCUGGCAAUGUCCUUCAAGGAACACCCUUCUCAGGAAUGGGUUGAUUCUCCACUGGUGGUGGCAAAGUUCUACCAGCAUAUCUUAGCCUUGGUGUUUGGCGUCAUGGAAAUCAAUCAAAAUAUUGAAAUCUUACCUAAUGUCACUCUAGGCUUCCAUAUAUAUGACAGCUAUUCCAAUGACAGAAUGAUUUACCGAACUGCCUUAGGUCUUGUCUUUAAAUCACAGAAUUUUGUACCCAAUUAUAAAUGUGGCAUCCAGAAAAAUCUAAUAGGAGUUAUUGGUGGAAUUGACUUUGAUACCUCCUCAAAAAUGUCAGACAUCUUCAGUCUAUAUAAAAUUCCACAGAUCUCAUAUGGUGCAUUUCAAACUGCAAUGAGUUGUGAAGCCAACAUCCCUUCUUUCUAUCACAUGGGUCCAGAUGAAAACCUUCAGUCCCAAGGCAUUGUUCAUCUCCUCCUGCAUUUCAGAUGGAAAUGGAUAGGACUCAUCACUACAGAUAAUGAUGUUGGAGACAUUUUCCUGGAGACCAUCGAGCCAAUCCUUUCUGAAAAUGGAAUCUGCUCCGCUUUCACAGAAAGGGUGCCAAGUAAACUCCCUUUUACCGGCCCAGAUUUAAUCAACAUAGCUCUCUUCAGAAGCGUAGAUUUCCUACACAGUAUGGCCAGUGCCAUUGUUAUGCAUGGGGAAACCAAAACCUUUAUGUGGAUAGCCGUCCUUCUUUGGGUUUCAACAACAUCCAUACAUCUUAUAAAUCCUGAAUAUAAGGCCAAUACCUCUGUAGCAAAAGUAUGGAUUUUGACAGCUCAGAUUGAUUUAACAAUGAACAUCUUCCAAAGGUUUUUUGAUGUACAAAUGUUUCAUGGUGCUAUCUGUUUCUCCAUUCACUCAAAGGAGCUCCUAAAUUUCCCAGAAUUUCUUCAGACAGUCAAUCCAUUUUGGACAAACAGAGAUGGUUUUAUCAAAGAUUUCUGGGAGCAAGCUUUUGAUUGUCUUAUUCCAGAUUCUGAUCUCUUGACAAAAAGUAAUGAGAUGUGUACAGGAAAAGAGAGGCUGGAAAGCCUUCCUGGGCCCUACUUUGAAAUGAAGAUGAUGGGCCACAGCUAUACAAUCUAUAAUGCUGUCCAUGCCAUAGCACAUGCCUUGUAUACCAUGUAUUCUUCUGGCUAUAAGCGCAAGAAAAAGAUGGAUGGGAAGAUGGAGAUACCUCUGAAUGUGGAACCAUGGCAGCUUCACUCAUUUCUUCAGAAGACCACUUUCAAUAAUAGUGCCGGAGACAAAAUUACAUUUCAGGACCCAGCCAAUGGGUUUGAUAUUAUGAACAUAGUGACUUUUCCCAACAACUCCUUCGCCAAAGUCAAAGUGGGAAGGUUGGAUUCUGCAACUUCUCCAGAAAAGAAGUUCACAUUUAAUGGAAAGGAAAUCCAAUGGCAUCAUGGACUUACUCAGGUGGUGAAAGUUCCUCCUCCCUCUCUAUGCAAUGACCCUUGCUUGCCAGGUAACAGCAAGGAAAAGCUGGAAGGGAAGAAAUUUUGCUGCUAUGAUUGUGCUCCAUGUCCAGAAGGGAUGAUUUCAAGGGAAAAGGACAUGGAUUAUUGUCUUAGAUGUCCAGAAGAUCAGUAUCCAAUGAAGGACCAAGAUCAGUGCAUUCCAAAAAGUCUAAGCUUCCUUUCUUUUGUAGACCCUCUGGGAAUUAUGUUCAUUUCUUUGGCUCUUUUCUUUGUUGUGAUCACAGUUCUGAUCCUUGGAACAUUUGCUAAAAAUCAGGAGACUCCAAUUGUCAAAGCAAAUAACCGGAGCCUGAGUUACAUUCUUCUGGUCUCCCUUCUCUUCUGUUUCCUCUGCUGUUUUCUGUUCAUUGGACAAGCUAAUAAGUACACCUGCUUCCUCCGCCAAACCAUGUUUGGUAUCAUCUUUUCCACUGCGGUUUCUUCUGUUUUAGCCAAAACCAUUACAGUGGUUGUGGCUUUCAUGGCAUCCAAACCUGGAAACCUGUUUCAUAGAUGCGUGGGCAAAAACCUGGGGUAUUCUAUUGUUUGGUGCUGUUCCCUUAUCCAAGUUGGUCUAUGUGCUCUAUGGCUAAGUACGUCUCCACCUUACCCUGAUCUGAACAAACAUUUGAUAAUGGAAGAAAUUAUAAUAGAAUGUAAUGAAGGAUCAGUUGCCAUGUUUUACUCUGUCUUGGGCUACUUGGGCUUUCUGGCAGUGAUCAGCUUCCUGGUGGCCUUCCUAAGCAGGAAGCUACCUGACACUUUCAAUGAAGCCAAAUUCAUCACUUUCAGCAUGUUGCUUUUUUGCAGUGUUUGGUUGUCUUUUGUUCCAACCUACCUGAGUACUAAAGGAAAAUAUAUGGUGGCUGUGGAGAUCUUCUCCAUCUUGGCUUCCAGCACUGGAUUAUUAUUUUUCAUCUUUAUUCCCAAAUGCUACAUUAUUGUGUUGAGGUCAGAUCUGAACACUAAGGAGCAGCUAGUAAAGAGAAAGUAUUGA